CAGGGACAUCCCCAUGAGGCGACCGGAUCACCCUUUCUCCUGUUUGCUGAGAUUCUUUUUUUAAAUGAUAACGGUACCUGGCCUUCCGGGAAAAGAACAUCAUUGCAUUUGUAAUCAGGCUAGGACACCCUCUCCACCAGCACCCUAUUUCCGCCGUUCCCGCCACAGCAACCGCGGCACCCACCAGUCCACGACCCGGUCCGCGUCAUCGAAUCGACGCAUCACUGGAUGGGGUGUAGACUGUGAAGACCGUGAGUGCGUGUGUCAAAGGGGGUACUGAGGGAGACUGGGCGAUCUCAUCCCCUGUGCACUGGUUAAUUGCACUCCAAUCUGGCGAGUUUGGAGGGACGGAGAGUCAGGUGCAGUAAGGGCGCCUCAAUGACCGUCUCCUCCCGGGACAGAGCGCCUAAAGCCCAGUGUUUGCAGUGCGGCGGGUAGAGAAGGCUAGAGAACGGCGGCGAGUUUGGAAGUUUUGAUGCAUAUGAUCACAACCACCAUGAUUUUUAUGAUUCUUGGCGCUUCAGUUGUAAUGGCGAUAGCCUGUUUAAUGGACAUGAACGCACUACUGGAUCGCUUUCACAACUACAUCUUACCGCAUUUACGAGGGGAAGACCGCGUCUGUCAUUGCAACUGUGGAAGGCAUCAUGUCCACUACGUGAUCCCGUACAAUGGGGACCAUUCUCUGGUGGACUCGUCGGAGAACUACUUUGUGAGUGACAGCGUGACCAAGCAGGAGAUGGACCUGAUGCUGGGGCUGCUGCUGGGCUUCUGUAUCAGCUGGCUCCUGCUGUGGCUGGAUGGAGUGCUGCACUGUGCUGUCAGGGCAUGGAGAGCCAGUCGCUACUAUGACACCCCUUCCUGGUCAUGGCUCCCCUCGUUCUGCAACCUUCGAGAUCUGCGUCGACGCGCCCAGCUCAGACAGCUGGAGGACUCCAGUGGCAACAUGGUCCACAUCAAGCAGAAGCUCUACCACAAUGGCCACCCCAGCCCACGCCACCUCUGACUCUGAAAUAAGAAUCCCCCAUCCCAGCCCCCCCAAACUGCCCCAUGGCCAACUGCUGCCUCAGAGACCCUGGAAGACUGCCCUCCCUCUGUUCAUAACACCUCUGUCACUGAGACUUUCUUAUGACAACCCUGACACAAGUCAUCACCAACCAAUCCAAACUCGAGCAGAAGAAGAAGAUAGUCGCUACUGAAAUCUUGUCUAUGUCCACAUUUUCUGUGUUCAUUGUUGAAACUUGGCAUGCUCUUUCAGAAAAGGGUACGAUGCGGGCAGUGUCCGGAAAGUGGGGGGAGUAAGAAUGGGGUGCCACAGUGGGGGUUUUUCUCUAUGGGGAGGGUCUUUCUCUAAAGUGGGAGGGAGGUAAAUGGAAAGGGGUGUUUUUCAAGAUUUUGUGAUGGGAAGAUUAGAUUGCUGCUUCUGUAAAUACUAAUAAAUAUGGGGAAGUGGGAACACAGGGUAUGGGUGGGUUUGUUUGUGAGUGUGGUGAGUCAAGUGUUACGAGUAGAGCUGAUAGACUAUGGGAAGAUAAACGAAGGGUAGGGAAGAUGAGGAUGACAGCCGUCUGGGGUUGAAGAGUGUGAUUUCUGCUAAAAACACAGAUUAAUUAGCUUUGUUACUUUGUGAAUUAAAUGAAUGUAUUAAUUUACAUGUAAAUAUAAGAAGGGGAGGGGUGGUCAGGGUUCUCUGCACUGUGUUAUUAUUUAUGAGAAGGUAGAAAAUAAACUGAUGCCAGCCCAGAUAAGACGGAGAGACAGUUCAGUACUUCCCUUGUCUUCCCAAUACUGUGUCCAAUAGCACUUCCCAAUUUGCUACAUCCAAUUGCCUCAUACUUAUCAGGAGCAACCAGCCUAGCAGCAGCGGGAACCCUCACCCAGUCCACCUCCCCUCUCUGUCCAGACAUUGCUGUUGUGAGGAUAAAAUGUCUGUUUUAUUAAAAGUGCCAUUGAAGCACAACAGUGACCCCUAA